AUCAUGUUUACCAGUACAGGUGCUUGAUCUCCGAUUUGGUGCCACUAAGGUACCUUGACUCCUGCUUGUGUGAGUUGGUCACGUCACCUGACGUCUAGUUCACAUCUGGUUCGUACGUGGCUCCUGCUGUGCUUUCCUACCUUAUCCAAUAGCACUCUAAUUGAGCUGGAAACAUCUACCCACCUCCAUACCCAUGCGGCUAUAAUUAUCAUCAGCUUUCCUUCGCUCUUGGUCCUCCAUCGCCACAACGGCAGCGUCAUGAAUGCCUUCAGCCGGCGCAGAUAUGACUUCCGUAGCUCUCGAACAUAGAAAUUUUUCAUGACAUCUACUCUAAUCGGAAUGAAUAUUGCGCCGUGUCUCCCUGCGGGCUGGCUUCAAGCCGCGGAGAGACUGACAGCUCAAGGCACAAUGCAAGGAGAUAUGGCUUAUAAAAGGAUUACCUUGCUGUCAACUUUGAAUCCUCGAUACCGAUCUCGUCUUGUUCAAUUAUUUUGAAGGCAGAGAACCAAAGCCUCAUAUUUUCUUGUCUGCAUCUGCUCUCACCCAGUUCACCGCCCUGAUGAACAUUCACAUCUUCACGUUUCCAAUAAGACAUAUCGAAAUCUAGACCUGUUGCAUCCGGGUCUCUUCAAGAUGCCCAAGUACGAUCCUGAGAAUGAUAUCCCAGAUCUUUCUGGGAGAGUAAUAGUUGUCACUGGAGGAACCGCUGGCCUCGGCGCCCAAACAGUGACCCUCCUGGCCGCCCACUCGCCCUCUCACAUCUUCUUCACCGGCCGCUCCACCAAUGCCGCCCAAAAAUUAACCAUAGCCCUCAAAACCGCACACCCAACCACCCCAAUAACUUUCAUCCCAACCGACCUUACCUCUCUCUCCAGCGUCCAAGCCGGCGCCAAGCACAUCCUCUCCCUCACCACCCGCCUCGACAUCCUCAUCUGCAAUGCCGGCGUCAUGGCCCUCCCACCAGGUCUCACAGAAAACGGCUAUGAGAUCCAAUUCGGAACGAACCACGUCGGCCACGCCCUUCUCAUCAAACUCCUCCUGCCAGCAAUGCUUGCCACAGCCAAACUUCCCGGUGCCGACGUCCGAGUUGUGUCCUUGUCAAGUGAAGGCAAUCAAGGGCAUCCCCUUGGCGGGAUAAUAUUUAAAGACUUGAAAACGGUUCAAAACUUCCGCUUCAUGGGGCCAUGGCAGAGAUACGGACAAUCCAAACUAGCGAAUAUUCUCUACGCCGCGGAGCUAGCACGGCGAUACCCUGAUUCAGGGAUCUUGUUCACGAGUGUGCAUCCGGGGGUUUUUAACACGGGGUUGGUGACGAGUUUGGGAUUUUUGAGUAAGGCGUUGGUGUGGGUGGGGACGUUUGGGCAGGUUAAGGAUGAGUCGAAGGAGGGGCAAGGUGCGUGGAAUACUUGUUGGGCUGCGACGGCCGGGAGAGAGGAGGUGGUUAAUGGUGAGUUUUACUUCCCAGUUGGUGUGGUGGGGAGGAAAGUCAGGGAGAAUACGAAUGAGAAACUGGCGGGGGAAUUGUGGGAGUGGACGCAGAAUGAGUUGGAUAGUUGGAAUUGACUUCGAUAGUUCAUGAGAUUGCAGCGUCUUUCUAUUUUCAUUCCAUGAGUUGUGGUGGAAGGUUUGUUGGCUCAUUACCUACCAUCUUGCGUUCUCAUAAUCAUUUAACCGAGUGUCCCCUCACAUGCCUUGAGCAUAGAAUAAAUACUCCUGCUAUCAAAUACACACGUUCAGUCCGUCGAUAUCCAUGUACACACUGAUAACCCUGUCUGUAAAUUGCAAGAAUGAGCUAGGUAUGCAGAGCGAAGGUAUCGCUGGGCAAGUAUUGGGAGAUCCACUGCGAAGGAACAAUGUACAUUUGCAGAGGUUUGUCUUGUUUUGCUCCUGAUACCAAGCCCAAGAGGUGGCUGGUACCGAACACGCUUCCUGGUAGUCACUUAAUCGUCGCUCAUGCCAAAGUUAGCAUUAGGUAUCUUCGAUAUACAGU